AUGCAUCUCUCCAAGAUCGCAUUCUUCGCCGCGGCGACGACCCUCGCCGCCGCGCAGGACUCGGCGAGCCCGCGCCGCUCCCCGGAAUGGGACGCCGCCUACGCCAAGGCCAAUGCGGCGCUGUCCCGCGUCUCCCUGGACGAGAAGAUUGGCAUCGUCUCGGGCAUCGGCUGGAACAACGGCCCCUGCGUCGGCAACACGUCCCCGGCCUCGUCCAUCAGCUACCCCUCCCUCUGUCUCCAGGACGGCCCCCUCGGCGUCCGCUACGCCCGUAGCGUCACGGCCUUCGUGCCCGGCAUCCAGGCCGCGGCCACGUGGGACCUCGACCUGAUCCGCGAGCGCGGCGUGUUGAAGGCCACAGAAGCCAAGGGCGUCGGCGUGCACGUCAUGCUCGGCCCGGCAUGCGGCGCUCUCGGCAAGAUCCCCAGCGCCGGUAGAAACUGGGAAGGUUUCGGCCCCGACCCAUACCUGAUGGGCAUCGCCACCAAAGAGACGAUCGAGGGCAUGCAGUCCGCGGGCGUCCAGGCGACGGCGAAGCACUACAUCGCCAACGAGCAGGAGCUCAACCGCGAGACCAUCUCGAGCAACGUCGGCGACCGCGCCCUGCACGAGCUGUAUCUCUGGCCGUUUGCAGAGGCGGUCAAGGCCAACGUUGCCUCGGCCAUGUGCUCGUAUAACAAGGUGAACGGCACGUGGGCGUGCGAGAACGACGUGGUGAUGAACAAGCUGCUCAAGCAGGAGCUCGGGUUCCCGGGGUACAUCAUGACGGACUGGUUCGCCACGACGGGCACGGUCAGCGGCGCCAACUCGGGCCUCGACAUGAUGAUGCCCGGCUCCAACUUCAACAAUGAGCCGUGGUCGGUGUGGUGGGGCCCGCAGCUCAAGACGGCGGUGCAGAACGGCCAGGUCUCGCAGGCGACGCUCGACGACAAGGUCCGCAGGAUCCUCGCGGCGUGGUACCUCGUCGGCCAGGACCGGGGAUCGUACCCGCCCGUCAACCUUGCCGCCGACGUGCAGGGCAACCACAAGCAGAACGUGCGCGCGACGGCGCGCGACGGCAUCGUGCUCCUCAAGAACGACAACGCCAUCCUGCCCUUGAAGAAGCCGGGCAAGAUCGCCGUCAUCGGCUCCUCGUCCGUCAACAACCCGGCCGGCAUCAACGCCUGCGUCGACCGCGGCUGCAACACGGGCACCCUCGGGAUGGGGUGGGGGUCGGGCACGGUCGACUACCCUUACCUCGUGGCGCCUCUGGACGCGAUGCGGCAGCGCGCGGCGCAGGACGGCACGCAGGUGUCGGCAAGCAGCAACGACAACGCGCAGCAAGGCGCCGCGGCGGCAUCGGGCGCUGACGCAGCUUUCGUCUUCAUCACGGCCAACUCGGGCGAGGGCUACAUCACCGUCGACGGCAACCCCGGCGACCGCAACAACCUGGACCCGUGGCACAACGGCAACGAGCUCGUGCGCGCCGUGGCCGCGGCCAACCAGAACGUCGUCGUCGUCGUCCACAGCACGGGGCCCAUCAUCCUCGAGACCAUUCUCGCGCAGCCGGGCGUCAAGGCCGUGGUCUGGGCCGGGCUGGGGUCGCAGGAGACGGGCAACGCGCUCGUCGACGUGCUCUGGGGCGCGACGAACCCGAACGGCAAGCUGCCGUACACUAUCGGCAAGACCGCCGCCGACUACGGCACCUCCGUCUCCCGGGGCGGCCAAGACGACUUUGCCGAGGGCAUCUUCAUCGACUACCGCCACUUUGACCAGGCCGGCAUCGAGCCUCGGUACGAGUUUGGUUUUGGACUGUCAUACACCAACUACACCUACUCCGGCAUCAGCGUGACCUCGACCGCCACGCCAGGGCCCGCGGUCGGGGAGGUGGUCCCGGGCGGCCGCGCGGACCUCUUCGACGUGGUGGCCACCGUGACAGCGACCGUCAAGAACACAGGCGCCGUGGCCGGCGCCGAGGUGGCGCAGCUAUACAUCACGCUCCCGUCGGGCGCGGCCGUGUCGCCGCCGAAGCAGCUCCGCGGCUUCGAAAAGCUCCGGCUUGCCGCCGGGGAGUCGGCCACGGCAACGUUCAACCUGAGGCGCAAGGACCUGAGCUACUGGGAUGUCCCGAGCCAGAACUGGAUCCUGCCGAAGGGGUCCUUUAGGGUGCGGGUCGGGGCCUCGAGCAGGAACCUUGCGCUGGAGGGUGGCUUGGUUGUGUCUUAG